UAUGUCUCUCUGCCUCUCACUCUUCCUCUCACUCGGUGUUUCUCUGUCUUGCUUCCUCCUUCCUUCUCCCUCGAUUUAAAGUGGUCUUUUCGACAAAAAUGGCUCAAAAAGAGAAACUUCAGUGCCUGAAGGAUUUCCAUAAGGACACUCUGAAGCCAUCUCCGGGUAAGAGCCCUGGCACCCGGCCUGAAGACGAGGCAGAGGGCAAACCCCCACAGCGGGAGAAGUGGGCUAGCAAGUUGGACUUUGUUCUGUCUGUGGCUGGUGGCUUUGUUGGUUUAGGGAACGUCUGGCGUUUCCCAUACCUCUGCUAUAAGAAUGGUGGAGGCGCAUUUCUCAUCCCCUACUUCAUUUUCCUGUUUGGCGGAGGUCUGCCAGUUUUCUUCCUGGAGGUCGCCCUUGGUCAGUUCACCUCUGAAGGCGGCAUCACAUGCUGGGAGAAGCUCUGUCCCAUCUUCACUGGUAUUGGCUACGCCUCCAUUGUGAUCGUGUCCCUGCUGAAUAUCUACUACAUCAUCAUCCUGGCCUGGGGCCUUUACUACCUGUUUCAGUGUUUUCAGCCAGAGCUGCCCUGGGCCAAGUGCAAUCAGCCCUGGAACACCGACCGCUGCAUCGAGGACACCUACCGCAAGAACAAAACCCUGUGGCUGGCUGCCAACGCCUCCAACUUCACCUCCCCCGUCACCGAGUUCUGGGAACGCAAUGUGCUGGGUAUCACCGGUGGUAUAGAAGAGGUGGGUCCCAUUAAAUGGGACCUGGCUCUGUGUUUGCUGCUCGUCUGGGUCAUCUGCUUCUUCUGCAUCUGGAAGGGAGUCAAAUCCACGGGCAAGGUGGUCUACAUCACAGCCACAUUCCCAUUUGCCAUGCUCAUUGUGCUGUUGAUUCGUGGUGUGACACUGCCGGGUGCUACUGAGGGUAUUAAGUUCUACCUGUACCCUGACCUCGCUCGCCUGCAGGACCCAGAGGUGUGGAUUGACGCCGGCACACAGAUCUUCUUCUCCUAUGCCAUAUGUUUGGGCGCCAUGACGUCCUUGGGAAGCUACAACAAGUACAAAUACAACUGCUACAGGGACUGUUUGCUGCUGGGAGCCCUCAACAGUGGUACCAGUUUUGUGUCUGGCUUCGCAAUAUUUUCCGUCCUGGGCUUCAUGGCACAAGAGCAAGGGGUGGACAUUGCUGAUGUUGCAGAGUCAGGUAUGAGGGUUCUGUAAAGGCGGCAGUGAUGGUGGGCGCUGCUUCCUGGUUAACAAAUUAAACAGUAAAUAUAAAGAAAAGCAGCAAUGAGACUCUAAAGAGAAUUAGCCAAUAAGUUCAAUUUUGAAUUGAGUUGUAAUUUGGAAUUAAAUGCAUUCCCUGAUUAAUUACGAAUGACGGCAUCAGAAUAUGGAAGUUUCCGCAAUCAAACACUCCUUGACAAAAGCAGAAUGUGAGAAAACGUUAGCAUAUUUGGUCGGUUUGUAAGUGCAUCAUUCGAGUAAAGCAAGGUGGAUGGGUCAGGGCUCAGCAAGAGACGCUGACAAGCAUUAGAGAUGUUUAAAAAUGAGCUAGAAUGAAUACUCGAAGGUACCAUAGAUGUGACGACAUACAGAGCAUCUUGUGCCAGUGCUGCCAGAGUUUUGGCUUCGAGGUGUUCCUUUUCUGUACGUGACAAACUGAUGUCACCGUUGUUGUGCUUCCUGUCUAGGUGAAUGAUGUAUUGGCAUAUGGGGUUAAUAGUUGUUUGCAAAAGUUUUGUUUUAAUUCUAACACUUAGAACUGGCAAUUUUAUAUUUUUCUAAUGUUUGUCAAGGUCUUCAGCCACUCAGUAUAAUAACUAGAUCAAUAACUAGAUGAAUAAUAACUAGAUCAUGGACCAUUUUAGCAAAGAAAGAAAAGACUAUCCCUCAGUGCAACAGUGUUUGCCGUUAUGGCCACAUGAGGCUGAAGUGUUUUGGAAAAGCUUUAAUGCAGCCACGAGCACCAGCAUCUUCUCCGUAGAGUGUAGUACACCUCUCACAAUGUGACAGUGCAUCUUGUUUGGUGGGAAUAGAAUUUGUGAUGAAACAAAGUUUGGCCGGGUUACUGUGGUAGUCAUGCCUGGUUUGCCUGUAGGAAUGAUUAGACAAAGAAUGACGUAUGCUUGUUUUUGAAAUCCCAGAGGCAGAUAAAAGAUGAUUCAUUCUUUAAAAAUACAUGUUACACUCAAACAAAGUGUUAUCCAUCAACAGAGAAAACUGGAUUUUUCUAGAACUACCCUUGAAGCUUGUUUGGAAAGUACAGUACAAUUCUUCUCUUUUUCUGUGAUAUAUUAUAACUUAACUGCUUCCUUUAUUUCCUUUAAGGCAUUUCCUUUGACAUCAAACAAGACAUAAAUUUGAAACAGUUAAUCUUUUCUUGUGACAGAAUAAAGAGACUAUCAGCACUAAGUGUUUUUGUGGAACCCAGGCAGCAUCUAAUGCUCCAAGAUCAACCAGUCAGAUGAAAAUGUAGCUUAGUGCCAACUUUAGCCACUGCUCAUGCUGCCAGCUCAGCUGAUACUAAUACUGAACAGCUCUGUGUUCUCCAGGGCCAAAAUAAUGAUGGGGUUUGCUGUCCAAUGAUGUGUUUGGCGAGUGGGAUUUUGCUUCACGGGUUACCAAAGAAUAGAAGCGUAGGUCAAUGGUGGAUCUAGCCUGGUGUUGCUGGAGCCUCUGUGGCACGUGAGCAACACGGAACUCAGUUACUGAUAAAACGUUAAUAUUCCAGCCUGAGAAAGUGUAUCAGUGUACUGUCAACCAAAGAGCAGAGCAGGUCCAGUAGACAGCAGAAAACAGCAAGAGCUAAUACAUGAGCUUUGAAAGGUUGAAGCCCUGCCAGGUAAGGAAGCUCAGGAGCAGCACACGUCUGCCUUAACUGCGACUGCUUGAUUCAGAUGUACCUGACAGAUGAAUGAAUGCUAUCUGCAUCAUGCACAGUGCAGUGUAAGCUCCCACGCUGUGGCCUCUGUUGGCUCAACAAUGUACGAAGAACAAUACUAUAUGAAAACAGACAAUUUCAAGUAUCAUAGUUUUUGUUCACUCCAGUCACUAAUCACGCUGUUUGACAUGGAUCCUGUUAAUAUUCUCUAGGCUUGAUUAACGUUCUGCUAGCAUCUCCCCUCUUAGGGAGUGGAAGCUGGUACUAUGUUUUGGAGUCAAAGCGGUGUUUGGUUGGAUGCCUCGUCAUAAUUCACAACAAAACGGAACAUAUUUACAUACAGUAUAUACAAUCAGCUGCAAUGCUGUUUCGCUGUUACGGCUGCUCCAUUGUUCCUUGACUUCUGUUUUGCAGUUCACAAAGUAGCAUCAGUGUCAAAUUAGAGCACAAGGGAUAAAAGCCUUUGCUUUUUAUUUGACAACUCAGUUUGCAAAUGCUGCUGUUUUGCAACAGUCAUUUUGCAUAAGCAUCACAUUUAUUCAGUCGGGGAUGCAAAAUGGCUCAAGUGAAUUAGGUGUUGACAUACUUUGAAUCAUUUGAGAAACCAAGAUGUUCUCACCUUUUCUAGCAGUUGAUUGUCUCCAUGUUAAAGUCUUUCAACUGCCUGGAAAAGCAAAUCAAGCAUGUUAGUAUUUCAUAUAAUUGCUGCAUUGCUUACAGUGGUCUACGCUGUUUUUGGUAACAAUGCCAUGACACGUACUAGUUGCAAUCCACUAUAUGUUAAUACAUAAUUUAUAGUAUGCUUCAUGAUUUUACUUCCACAGAUUUGCAGUUACAGGAAAUUAGGAAAGAUUGCAUUAGGUUCUUUAAUACAGCAAUGUUAUAUUGUUAUUGUUUUGUUUUCUCUUAUUAUGAUGUUCUAAGCUUUCCUUGGAAUAUGUCGUUGUAAAUGGUAUGAAAUGGUGUCAUGUAUGCAUACAGUUAGUGAUGUUACAGCAGAAGUAACAGGUAAGUACAGAUGUGCUGCUGACAUUCCCUUUCAACACCUAGAACACACACAAGCAUCCACUGUAUUUGCAACAUUCUAGCCCAGGUUUGCUUUGAUAUUUUUUCAGAUCUGGUUCUGGGGCCUUUCAGAUCAGAUAAGCUCAUCACAUGAUACUAAUGUUGCCCCAUCCCCCCCCAUACCCCUCUGCUUGCUCUGUACCCCCACUCCCCUCUCC